AGACUGAGCCACUGCCUGCUUUAGACAUCGUUCACACUCUUCUCCUGGCUGAGGAAAACUACAGCCUACCAAGAUGUGCAAAGGACUAGCAACGCUGCCCCACACGUGCCUGGAGAGAGCCAAGGAGAUCAAGACCAAGCUGGGCACACUGCUCCAGAAGCCCGAUUCGGCUAUUGACUUCAUCAUCCCCUACGCAGAGAAGCCAGAGAAGCCUCCCAAGGCCCAGAAGCCAACACUGGAGGAGGCUCUGCAGUGGCGUGAUUCCCUGGAGAAGCUCCUGCAAAACCCCUAUGGGCUUUCCAGCUUCCACAGCUUCCUGCGCUCCGAGUUCAGUGAGGAGAACGUCGAGUUCUGGGUGGCCUGUGAGGACUACAAGAAAACCAAGUCCCCUGUGAAGAUGGCGGAGAAGGCCAAAAAGAUCUAUGAGGGGUUCAUUCAGACUGAGGCACCCAAAGAGGUAAACAUCGACCACUUCACCAAGGCUGUGACCAUGAAGAACCUGGUGGAGCCAUCACCAAGCAGCUUUGACAUGGCCCAGAAGAGAAUCUUUGCUCUGAUGGAGAAAGACUCCCUACCCAGAUUUGUGCGGUCGGAGUUUUAUCAAGAGUUAAUCAAGUAGCAACGUGGUAGGGCUGUGCGAGGCGUUCCCUGCAGGUGGCCCCACUGCUUCUGUCUAAACACCUGCCCCUUCUCCUGCAGCUGCUUUACUUUCUUGAUACCACCCUAGAAGAGCAUCCAGGAGCAUUGCUAAACAUAUUCCCCUGUGCUUUGGACUGUCAGAUGUCCUGAUGUUUCCUCUCUUACGGUCUCUUUCCUCUCCCAUGAAAGACCAAUUAGCAGAAACCCUGGUGAUUGUCCCUGGGUUUGGGACCCAGAAGGGCAGGAGCAGCAGCAGCCCUGCAGUGACCAGGAGCUACUCGUGCAGCCAGCAUGUCCCUGGCACUGUGUGUCUUGGCUUUAGUCGGAGGCUCAAAGGUGCUGGCUCUGCCUUCUCUAGGACAUCUUAGGACAUGACAACUUUUAUUCCAGUUUUGCCUGUAUUGCUGGUCUGGCCCAGGCUUGCUCCCUCCUCCCAGCUUCCCAGGGUGUUGCUGUGACUGCACAGCUGCCCUCCCUGGCUAAGUCCUGUAGUCCUGGGGUGCAGGCUGGGGCAUGUCCAUCAUGGGACUGGCAUCAGCUGGUCUUCAGAAAGCAGCCCAUCAGCGGGAACAGUGACGGCCGUACAGCAGGGACUCUGGGAUGGCAGGAAUGGCAGGGACAGCGGGAUGGCAGGGAUGGCAGGAUGGCAGGGAUGGCAGGAUGGCAGGGACAGCUGAGCCAGGAGAUGCACGGCCAUGUACUGCAGGGUGCACUGGGCUGGCACGAGGGGUGGCAGAGUGAGCCUGCAUCACCACUUCCCCUGUGACUCCUCUUGGAGUCGGCUGUAAGGCAGCCUGUUUGCUUCACGCUAAAGACAGUGAAGAGGAUAAAACGAGAUCUGCUUGUUCAAAACACCGGGACUGUUUAGCAACCCAGACCUCCUGCUCGCUCCAACCACUUGCAUGAUGUACUGAACUCAUAGCCUGCAGCCUGUGCCCGUGUCCCCAGUGCCCGUGCACAGCCCUCCGCAGGACUGCAGCUUCGGAUGUUGCUGCAGUGGUUUCUUGCUCCCGCUAGUUCUCUCUGCAGUAGGCAUGCCAAAGUGAUACUUCUGCACAAGCCCAAUUGAGGGGCAUCAAUUAGAGGAGGAAGGAAGAUCAUGUUGGGCCUAAAAAAGCUGCAAUUGCAACUGUUCAGAUCCAAUUAAAAAACCAAACCAAACCCCCAAAACAAACCCAAACACAAAACCAUCAUUGGAAAUAUGAAAAAUAAACCCCUGGCUUCUUGAACAGAUGGCAAACUCUGCUGAGCUUGCGUAGCCUGCAUCUCUCUCUUCUGUCUCCUCCAAUCUGCCCAGGACAUGUGUUUCUAUAAGGCUGCCUCUUAAAAAAACCAGCUCUUUUUGAAUGAUUCAAAGUCAGCCCACUAUUCACCACCAGAAGAAAUCACAUUUGAGGAUAGGACAAGGGCAUACAUGAAAGGCAACUGGGGUCUCAUUUCAGCCUCGAAGUGAAUGUGAUGAACCCCUGGGGUCCUGGGCAUUUCAUCCCUGCGAUGGUUUCCCGGUGCAGCAUCUGCAAGGCCGUGGCUUGAAAUGAGCUGCUUCAGCUGGCAACCCGACACAUGCCAGCGAAAUAACAAGCGCCCGUGCUCCCAGAAGGCAUCCCAGACCAGCCACCCCCUCAGGCUGCUCAACCUCAACUGCAGGUCAUGAGACUGUGUGAAAUGCAGUAACAUAAACAACGGGUUUGCCAGCCUCUCCUAGACUUUCAAAAUCUGAUCAAAACCCCACCAGCCCCAAAUAUUUACACGAUGUCACUAUGGUGAUGAAGAAAAAUACAUCCCGAACUGCAGGAAGUGGGCUGUGUGUUCCAGGCAGCGAUGGGGAGGCAGGAGAAGGAUGGAGGUCAUGACAAACGUGACAUUUUCUAACUCUGCAGCAAAUGGCCUGGGAAAGUCAGUGCUGGAACUGCAGAGGGUGAUGCUCGCAGGGCAUUCCUCUGGGGUGAGCGCAGGGGGUGGCUUGGGUGGCCCAAAGAGCCCACAGGAACCCCAAGCAACGGGAGGGAUCCAUCAAGAGGGCGCAGGAUCCCUCAGCAGUGCUCACUGCCCAGAGCUGGUGGGCAGCAAGGGGGAGGCAGGAGCAGGGCUGGGCGCAGGCUGGGGACUUGGCCAGCCCUUCUGCUGCAGGGUGCUCCCACCGCCUCCACCCAUGCGCACUCCCUGUAGCCUCCUAACGUCUCUAUGGACUGGUGUCAAUACGAGCAGGUUCAGCAUGUUCAAGCUCCCUAUUUACAGCAUGACUCAUGGAAAUGCAAAUCCAAACAGGCUUCCCUGCAUCAAGACCUAGAUCAUUCAUUUUCACUUAAUCCUCUGGCAGCUAUUUCCAGAUACCCUCACACGUUUCACAGUUAAAUGCCAACGCCAAUGCCAUAGAGGGUAGGAUGCUGCUGGAGGCUGGCUUGCUGCAUGCCAUCAAAACCUGAGAUGUGACUAGCUGCAACAGCGAUGUGUGGGGCAGGGAGAAGGUGUCUGGGUAUGUUUUGCCGAAAAGAAAGGUGGAGGCUGGAUUCGGGAGAGAUGAAACAGCUCUAUUGGAAAUCCCUACCCAGCUUGAUAUCUUUGAUUUCUGCUAUAAUGCUGGAAGCCUCCUUUAGUGGGUGAUUGAACAGGUGACAGUGAUCUACCAGGUGGCCAUAAAGUGUGGCCCCUGAAGCAUUUUGGAGCUCUUGGGAAGUUGUGUUUGUGUAGAAGGGUCAUUUGGCUAAUUACUCAAGCAGGCCCACCCCAGAAAGGCAGCAAUACCUGUACCUAUGCCAUAGCAGAGCGUUCCACAGGCCCAGAGGUAUUUACUGUUGGGCUGAUCCCAACCAUCAUAUAUCUUCAUAUAUUUUAUUAUUCUUGGUCUCAUGAUACUUGGUGUAUGUAUGAGCACUAUACACACAACAUUGUACAUCUGUAUCCAUAUACUCAUAUAUAAGUAUACACACACAUAUAUACAUACUCCUAACGUGGGCAUCUGUAUCCCCAGCGAGUCAGAGAGCCGAAAAGCAGAGUUUCUGUUUGUUAUGCUUGUGGUCUGUCAGAGAGACGAGCAUGUGUGGGUUUAGCACAGUCCCAGACUCCAUGCAGGGAAACACUGACCAUCCACCUGAAGUGAACGCGAAGGUGCAUCUUCCAAAACGUCCUCUGGAAUCACCCCGUGCUGUGGCUGCUGGGUGCACCCUGGCAACCAACCUGGCGCAGGAGGUAGGUCUUGUGCUCUCAGAGGGACCUCAACCCUUGCCAUGGGGCAAGGCAACCCCAUGCUGCAGCGGGGUCUCUGGGCAUCAGCCACUGCCUCAGUGCCUCCUCAGUCCCUGCUUCCCACCACAGGGACAUGUGGAGGAGGGCUCCCUGCAGCCACAUCCCUCGGAAUAAUGCUGGGGGAUUGUUUGCUGUGUGUUUUUUGGUUGCUUCAGUGACCCGGACCCUCACAACCCGCCAGCCAUGGUGUGAUGCACCCAGGUCUCCCCCCACAUAGUGAUUGAGGGCUUUGCCGGUGUUGCCUGGUCCCAGCCUCAGGGACUGCCCACGGGUGGCUGAGGAUGUCCCAAGGCUCGCCCAAGCUCCCCACAUUCCUUGAUCACUUCUUGGAGAGUGCUGAGCGCUGUGAUCAAGGGCUGGAAUAAGGUCAGGAAGGGCAAUUGGCUUCUGACACUCAUAAACAGCAGGUUUUCAGGCUGAUGUUGUCCGUGUGCUUUCCACUAGAGAUCUUCACAUGGGGAAGACAUGAGGCAUUGGUGUGCACUGAGGAACUGGUUGUGUUAACCCAUGUUCUUGUACUACUCAGUAAUCCACUCAUAAACAUGUUAUUUCUGCUACUCUCUC